CUGGUUGACUUUUUGGUGCCCCAACCUGGUAGAAGGAGCCUGAAGAAUGAGGAGGAUUUUAACAAGAUUGGAAUAUAUAAGAUAAGGACUUAUGAAAACAGCAACCUCACAGCGUUUGAUGGGCAUAUCACAGCUAAACAUGUGCCAGUUCGGGCUUCAGACAACAUCCAAAAAGCUAAAGAAUGGCUGCAAUGUUGUCUUACAGAGCAUGCAGAGUGCCGUAAAUUCCAGGCCCGUACGGUUCAGAACCUGAACCAGCGACCUACUAGAGUCUUGGAGAUCACCUUGAAUAAGAUUCGACUGCGAGAUGAUUUCAAGAAUGAACCCUUUGAUUAUCUCGUUUUGAGUUACAUGUGGGGUGAAAACUUUACCCAACAGCUCCGUCUCCUGGGCUCUAAUCUCCGUGCCUUUCGGAAAGAAGUACCACGCGACAAGCUCGAAGCCUCCGAUGUGUACAAAGAGGCAAUGAGAGUAACGCUAGCUCUGGGAUACAAGUACCUUUGGAUAGACUCCCUAUGCAUCAUCCAAGACUCGGAAGCGGACUGGAAGUACGAAGCCCAACGUAUGGCCAUUGUGUACGGAAACGCAACCUGCAACCUAGCCUUUCUCUUCCCGCCUCAUUUCCCAGCAAAGCCCAGUCAACGCAGCGACCCCCGAAUAUGGAGCCCAUGUAUACUACGCGCUGCUACCCCUUCUACGCCAGGCGUAUACAUGCACGAAGAUACGACAAACGAGUUCCGCAAGGAAAUAGACAACUACGGGAAACAUCGAGACUGGCUUGUUCAGCGUUCCUGGCCACUCUUCCACCGUGCCUGGACAUUCCAGGAAUAUCUCCUGAGUCCGCGUACACUGCUGCUUGGGCACAAGAACCUCAUGUGGCAGUGCUCGUGCCACUUCUACGACGAGUUGCUAGGACCAAUUGCUGCGCCCGUACCAGCCACAUCACCUACAACGGUCGUAGACCCUAAGCGAGGAAAAGAUCGAGGGAAGUCCCGAUACUUUCCAGAUAGUAUCCAUGAAAUCCAUGCCGCAAGUGUGAUAAGCCUUUUCCACCCGACCGUCCUCUCCUUCCUGACCGAUUGGCAAAACGUCGUCAAUGAGUACCGCAGUCGGAAUCUCUCGUAUGAAAAAGACCGUAUGGUUGCGUUUGCUGGAAUAGCGCGCGCGUUCUCGCAUCUAGGCCGCCUGACAUACCUCGCUGGACUAUGGAACGAGAUCCUUCCCGCCGCGCUCCUCUGGUACGUAGACAAGAAACCCUCAUGGCUCGUCCGCAUCGAAAACCAGAUUGCCAACGGCAAUCCAGUGCCAGAUUCCACAUGGACCCCCGAAAUAAUACCAGACAAAUCUGAAGAGUCCGCAGAAGGUAAAACAGCGCCCUUGCCACCACCCAACACACCCAGCUGGUCCUGGUUCUCCAUCCCCAUGUACAAAUACUACCAGACAUCCUUCCUCCUAGCCGACGACUCGCUCUUCGUCCGCUCCAAAGCACUCAACUCACCACAUCUCGUCGCGUGGCACGACAUCUUCUGGGCCAAAACAAUGGGAUUCCAGUUCGCAGGCCACGCCACACGCCACGCCCCAGACACUGCGGCCCACGAGUUCUUAGGCACACAGAUCACACUCGAGACGAGUGUUUUCCCCGUUAAAUCCAACUGGCCCGCUGAUCUAGCAGCGCAAAUGCAAGAUAUCGCGAGUAGCGGUAGCACUGUACCUGCAGACGGCCGUUUCCGCUGGGAUCCAGAACUAGAAUACUAUCCCGAUGACCCUGCUAGUCGGGCGUCGCCGCCGCGGGAUGCCGUCUAUGCAUUACUAUCUGAAGUCCAGGUUGUGCGGACUGCGGGCGCGAAGAAUAUCCAGCGGCGGCUUGCGGGACUGAUGCUGGUUCCUGGGUCAGUCAAGGGAAGGUGGAGGAGGGUGGGUGUGUGGAAGUUGCGGAUUAAUGUGAAAGAUGUGGUGGUUGAUGCGGGGAAUAUUGGGGGUGUUGCUGAGAGGUGGGCGGGGAAGAGGAUAGUGUCUGAGAAGUGGGAGCGGGUCGUGGUUACGAUUGUGUGA